GGUUCCUUAACAUGGUCUCCCUUCUACGCCUCGGACUCUCCCCAACACGGACUGCCAAUCCCCUUCGUACCGCUCCUAUCUAGCUGGCGAUAUGGGUCGACAGCCGCGCCAACGCCCAAUAUCCUGCCACUUUUGCAGGCUGCGAAAGUUGCGGUGCAGCCGCGUCUUUCCCUGCACCAACUGCGCAUCCCGCGGACUGCCUUGCCCCGAGCCGCUGGAUCCACAGUCUCUAGCCCAACCCGCGGCUGCCAAGAAGGCAUCUAAUACUAGUGUUGCUUCCACUGCCGAUGCCGAUGUUUUGAGCCGCUUGGAGAGGUUGGAGGCCCUUCUCGUGAUUCGGAACAAGCAGUCUGAGGUCGUGCCGCCGUCCAUACAUGGCCCCGUCCAGACUGACACACUCCCCUCCGGGCCCCAACUACCCCUACCACAACCCCUUCCCUCAGACGUUCAGAAUUUGACAGCGGAUGCCCUGUUUCUUGAACUAUCAUGCCUUGGCCCAAAGCUGAGUGAGUUUGUACUCACGGAAAGCCUUGUCUUCCGUAUUUGUCCCAUCCGCAUGAUCACACAGUCGUCUUCAUCAUAUGUUCCCUCAUCUUCACUGUCUUUUGAGCCGACAAAAUGCAUCUGGCUACCCCAGCGAGAAGAGGCCAGAGCCCUGGUGGAGAAGUACCUCAACCACAUCACUUACAUCCACCACGUCGUCCACAGCCCUUCUACGCGCAAACUGGUAGACGAAGUCUAUGACAGCUUACAGAAGGGCACGCAGACGCCCCUGGGUCCUGUUAUUUUACUCAUCUCUAUCUGUGCCGACGUCACGUACUCGUGGACACCCCAGGACGAAGAGAGCGAGCUGUUCUCGAACGCCGAAGAGGCAAAUUCACAAUCUAUUUUCUGGCUCAAGGCUGCUCUGGACCUUUUGGACCAUGCGCAACGCAAUGCCCAUACUUCAAUAGAGUGUAUCCAAGGCCUUCUACUCUUGAGUUUUGUGAUAUGCAACCUUGAAGGCAUCUCAAUCCGGGCCAGAUCCAUCCUGUCAAAGACGAUCGCCAUGGCUCAUGAGCUGGGGUUGCAUCGUAUUGAUCACCCCAGCAAUGCUGGGAUGGGCCAGUCGCCCCGCUGGAGUGGAUUGAAAGCCGAGAUGGGUCGAAGGGUAUGGUGGUAUCUCGCCUCUACAGACUGGUUAUUGGCUCGAUUCCCCGGUCCACACGAGGGGACGUAUUCCAUAAAUCCCCAACAGAUGGCCGUGAGAAAACCUCUGAACAUUGAAGACGAGAAUCUCGUCGACGGAGUAGAACCCGUGGGUCUGCCGAUGGAGGUUCCCUCGUGCAUGUCCUACUUUCUUCAACGUAUCCGCCUGGCAGAACUAUCUCGGGCCUUCACAGACCGAAUAGGCCUCACGGCUUCUACCCCUGAUAUGGUGCGGUACAAUCUCGUCAUGGAAAUAGAUGAGGCAAUCCAAAAAUACAUCCAGGAGAUCCCGCCGUUUUUCACAAUGGAACCUCAAGAGCUAGGCAACCUCCCGCCUACGGACCGCCGACGAUCUCCUGCAAUCAUUGUCCAACGGCAUGUGAUCCAUUUGUUUGUCCAUGGCCAGCGUUGCAAGCUACAUAUUCCCUUUUUCGCGCGUGGUACCGUCGAGCCUGUAUAUGCUCGCUCGCGGGAGAUCUGUCUCAAAACUGCACAAAUCAUCCUUGAGGCGGAACAUCAACUAGAGAGAGAGAAUAUCACAUUUGUCUCCACUAGACUCAGAUUAACAGUGGUCCUUCACAGUGUAUUCUUGGCUAGCAUAGCUCUGUUGGUGGAUCUCUGCCUGGGACCCGACACAGGAGACAAGACGAAGAGCCGCGAACUGAUGGCACAAGUGUGGAGGAUCCUGGAUGACGCACAAGGACUCUCUAUCCCUGCAACGAGACUCCAGGAUCUGUUGAGGCAAGCGAUGAAGAAGCAUAAAGUGCCCCUUCCAGUGAUGAGGACGAGGAAUUCAUGUUCGAGGAGGGAAGACGGCCAAAGUGAUCCCCUCCCUCUCACACCCAGCUCGGUAACGAAGGGGCUUUCAGCAACCACAAGUCCGAACGAACAGAUUUAUCCUGAUCCAUACCUAGAAGAUUUUGGUUCAAGGAUGGACUUAGAUGAUAUUGACUGGGACAGCAUUCUCCUGGGCCUGGAUGUCCCGUUUGUGUGAAAACAUCAGACAUGGUGUAUAGGGUAACCCCCAGCCAGAUGCUGGUCGUAGGAUGUAUAAGUAAUGACACUAUAUAGAAGGCUCUCAUAAAUAAACAUACCACUCUUCUUUUGAUGAA